AUGGCAUUCGAAGGUUCCACCAGUUCAGCUGGAAAUCCAUACCUCCAAGGCCUGGCUGAUAGGCUCAAAAAGCAGUCUAUCGCCUCCAACGACGCCGUUGACCCCUUCGGUUUUCGGCCUUGGGGCCCUGGGAAGCCCGAGCGACAAGACCGCCAGGACCUUCCUUUGUUCAACCUCAAGUCAGUCUCCCACGCUCUGUCUCGGGGAUGGAAUCCCAAUAUUUCCUGGACCGAAGAUGAGCUGGUCUUCCCGAUCCCCGGCGUGGGCCCCAUGUCGUCCGCCUACGACCCUUGGUACACCUUCAACACGCCUCUCCAUCGCGCACUCUGGCUCCAGCAGUUCGACGUGGCCGAGUGCCUGGUGCGCCACGGCGCCGACAUCAAUCGGCUCAAUGCCCGAGGCUACACGGUGCUCCACGAGGCUCUCGAUCUUGGGAUCGACAGGCGCAACGACUGGUCACGCGACGUCUCCUGGAUUGUCAAACACGGGGCCGACCUGGGUAGGAAGACCGAGGCGCGCUUCGUGCGGACCGGGAAGAAUGAACACAGGGUGCUCGGACAAGAUAAAAAGUCACGCGCGGUCCACGCCUUGCUGUCGGGAAUGCAUCAAGAGCCGGAGCCGGAGCCGGAGUUUGGAAAACACCGAGAUGCCCGCGCAGAGCGCAGAGAGCCGAGUGGGCUGUCGCCGUUGAUGCUGGCCAUGGAGCUCGCAGAUGUGCAAAAGGUCCAAACACUCCUCGACGCCGGUGCCGAUGUCGAGCUGCCCGUCGAUGCCGGCGCGAAAUGGAAAAUCCUCGACCUUGCUUUGAUGAGUCGCCAGCUUUCGCUUAUACAGAUCCUCGAGCAAGCCGGUGCAUCAUUCUCGGUUGACAUCACCGAGAGCACGCCUAUGGACACCGAGGAUGAGGUUCGGCUUCACCAGGGGGCACGGAAUCUCGUAUCAUUUUGCCUGUCCGGUUCCAACCGAGGCCUGGUUCCUGCCCCGGAGUGUGAAGAGGUCUUCCGCUAUGUUCUCCAGGGCAGCGAGUUCAGGAAAGUCUGGGACUUCCGGGGCGGGGUCGAAGAACUGCUCAAAUACGGAGACAUCGUCGACGCCUUCUUCGGUACCCUCUCUCGCAUCGCGCAGACCCGGAAUCUUCAGGCCGUUCCGGCGACGUACUGUACUCUUUGCAGGAACACAAUUGCAAAAUGCUCAGUGCUGCCGUCAACGGGUACUGUCGGUAGUGCCCGCGGCCCCUUUGAGCACACGCCGAGUCUGCGAGAGCUGGAACACUCGGUUUCUAUAAGCAACUGUCCGUUCUGCCGCCUAUUACUCGACGCAGUCAAUCGCCCCCAGAAACAGAGCAAAAAAGGGGUACAGUCUGAAGGCGGCAAGGAACAAGGUGGGUUGCCAGUCAGAGUGAGCCUGGUCCAGGAAUAUUUUGUCGGACAAUUUGCUUUACGGGUCGAGUGUGGAAGCCUCAGCUCUGAUCUGGAGAUUAGUCCCUUGGAGGCCGAUCACCAAAGCGGUAUUGACGAGAGCGGAACCGCCUCCCGGCAAGCAACGGGCUUGGGCAAGGCUUGGCUGGCAACUUGUAAAAAGAACCAUCCGAAAUGCCGGCGAUCUCAAGACGUCGCGAACCCAAUCCUUCCCACUCGUGUCCUAGACCUGACCCAUGGCACCGAAGAAGAUCCGGCCGUGUGCCUCGUGGAAACGCACGGGGCGAGGGAUGUCUAUUGCGCCUUGUCGUACUGCUGGGGCACAACCAAGGCAACGACGACGGUCAAAGACAACCUCGAACAGCACCUUGAGAACAUAUCCAUGGAGUCUUUGCCGUCAACAAUCCAGGAUUCCAUUACCGCCGCCAGGAACCUGGGCUUCCGCUACCUGUGGAUCGACGCCUUGUGCAUCGUGCAGGACGACGCCGACGACUGGGAAGCCGAGGCCGCCAAGAUGAGCAGCGUCUACUCGAACGCCACCCUCACCAUCUCGACCCUCUUCGGCUCGGACUGCGGCGACAAGCUUUUCGUCCGUCGAGACACCAUCCAGCCACAGCCCCUCCCGUUCCCCAUCCCGGCGCCGUAUUUCUUGAGCAAGCCACGGCCACUGCUUGCCGUCCAGCCACGGACCACCACGGCGGCCGACGGGCGGUCCGCGAGCAGCUUCAGGGGGCCGAUCCACUCUCGGGGGUGGACGCUGCAGGAGCAGAUGCUCAGCACCCGCAUCCUCUGGUUCGGCAGCGAGCACCUGCAGUGGGAAUGCGUCUCGCUCCGGGCGACGGAGCCGGAGCCGAACAGCUGGUUCAUGCGCGACGGCGCGCUCGAGACGCAAUUCAUAGAGGACGGCAACAUCGAGGAGCGGAACCUGGAGCUGCGGAUGAAGGAGAUCGUGCACCGGCCGCUCAGGACGGACGGGGCGGCCGCGCGCCGCCGCCCGGAAGACGAUGCCCGGGAGAUGUAUCUGGAGUGGGAAAACGUCGUGGCCGAGUACACGAAACGGGAUCUCACCAAGGAGUCGGACCGGAUCGCGGCCGUGCUCGGUCUUGCCGACAUGAUGGGGCCUAUCUUUCGGUGCGACUUUGUCGCGGGGGUGUGGAAGGGCGACUACUUCCUGCGGAGUCUCGCGUGGCGAGUAGUUAAGGCGCCUGCCUCAACAACGGCCACGACAGCCUCCUCUUGCUAUCCCUCAUGGACGUGGGCUGCGAUGCCGAAGCGCGCCGUCGACUACGCCCUCGUGCGUGACCACACCGAGCGCCGCCUAGAACCACUGGCCCGGCUCGUCUCCAUGGCGGACGUGUCGGUCAGCGGCAAGGCCCAGGGCCGCGCGACCGGCUCCGUCGUGAUCCGGGGUCCGCUACAAAAGGUGAACGCCGUAGACCAGCAGAGCUUGCUGAGGCUCGCGGCCCAGGACACGCGGGCUCCGGACUACGACUACCACCUGGACGCAGGCGGCGCAAUGCCGGCGGCGGACGCCUCGCUACGGCCAACCUGGCACCUGGACCUUUUCAGGUUCGAGCACGGCAGCCCUUGGCGCGGCUACGGUUUCGACUGGUGGCGUCGCAACGGUCGUCCCGGCUCGACCAUCAGACUGAUCCUGGAGGCGGUGGACCACCAGGAGCAGGAUCCGCAGGUAUUUCGAAGGGUUGGGAUCGCGAGGUUUUAUUGGAAAACCAAGCCGGACGUCGCUGUACGGGAUGUUAGGAUUGUGUGA